CGCUCUCUCCUUGGUGCUUGUCGCCCGAGAGCGCUUAGUUUUCUCGGAUAAAAGGAUUUAAAGGAUUGUUUAGGAAAAAACUUUAAUGAGUGAAUUGUAAAGAAUGUGGCAAGUCCAGUGAGUGUGUAUGUUCAGUGCCGCUCGCGCCACUGCACCUGUCCCUCUCCGUCUCAAAGCGCCCAAACUCGGCAGGCAGGCAGGCUCGCGCGGAAGGCGGGCAUUAUCCAGUCAGCGGCGCACAACACGUUCAGUCCGAACAUGACUUCGUCUUACAAUCUGGAUUUUCUCCCCGAGAUGGUGGUGGAUGGAAGAUUGUUGAGCGCCGGAGAGAUGAUUAACGGUACAGCUGGGAAGAUGAAUGGCGCGCUGGAACACUCGGACCAGCCUGAUCCGGACGCCAUUAAGAUGUUCGUGGGACAGAUCCCUCGCUCCUGGUCUGAGAAAGAGUUAAAGGAAUUGUUCGAGCCUUACGGAGCCGUUUACCAGAUCAACAUACUGCGAGACCGCAGCCAGAACCCACCACAGAGUAAAGGGUGCUGUUUUGUCACAUUCUACACACGAAAAGCUGCCCUGGAGGCCCAGAAUGCACUGCACAACAUAAAGACCUUAACUGGGAUGCACCAUCCCAUACAGAUGAAGCCUGCAGACAGUGAGAAAUCAAAUGCGGUGGAGGACAGAAAGCUGUUCAUCGGCAUGGUGUCCAAGAAGUGCAACGAGAACGACAUACGGGUCAUGUUCUCUCCCUUCGGACAGAUCGAGGAGUGUCGUAUCCUGAGGGGACCAGACGGACUUAGCCGAGGAUGUGCGUUUGUCACGUUUUCUACCAGGGCUAUGGCACAGAAUGCAAUCAAAGCCAUGCAUCAGUCUCAAACCAUGGAGCAGGGCUGCUCCUCCCCUAUGGUGGUGAAGUUCGCAGACACGCAGAAGGAUAAGGAACAACGGCGACUGCAGCAGCAGUUGGCGCAGCAGAUGCAGCAGUUGAACAGUGCGUCUGCCUGGGGCAGUCUUACCGGACUGACCGGCCUCACCCCGCAGUAUCUGGCAGUAAGAGGACACACCCACGCAGCCACGCCCACCAGCAGCACGGCCAGCGCAGCCGCCGCAUUGCUCCAACAAGCGACCUCCUCCAGUAACCUAGGAGCGUUCAGUGGUAUUCAACAAAUGGCAGGUAUGAAUGCGCUGCAGUUGCAGAAUCUGGCCACUCUCGCAGCAGCAGCGGCUGCAGCACAGAGCUCAGCUAGCCCGUCCACCGCUAACGCCCUGACCUCCAGCACAGGGUCCCUGGGAGCCCUGGCCAGCCCAGCAGGUUCCACGGCAAACUCUAGCGCGGCUGCCAUGGGUUCGAUGGGUUCGCUUGGUUCUCUUGGCACACUGCAGGGCCUGGCCGGGGCCACCGUGGGCCUCAAUAACAUAAAUGCACUAGCAGGUAGCGUCAACAUUGCUCACAUGCUCUCAGGUAUGGCAGCUUUGAACGGCGGGCUGGGCAGCACGGGCCUGAGUAACGGGUCGGCCGGGCCCAUGGACGCUCUCACGCAGGCCUACUCAGGGAUCCAACAGUACGCGGCUGCCGCCCUGCCCACCCUCUACAGCCAGUCUCUACUGCAGCAACAGAGCGCUGCGGGAAGCCAGAAAGAGGGACCUGAAGGGGCCAACCUGUUCAUCUACCACCUGCCACAGGAGUUUGGGGACCAGGACAUCCUACAGAUGUUCAUGCCUUUCGGAAAUGUGGUGUCUGCCAAAGUCUUUAUUGACAAACAGACCAAUCUGAGCAAGUGCUUUGGUUUCGUCAGUUAUGACAAUCCUGUGUCAGCACAGGCUGCAAUUCAGGCAAUGAACGGGUUUCAGAUCGGCAUGAAGCGCCUCAAAGUCCAGCUUAAGCGCUCAAAGAACGACAGCAAACCGUACUGAUCUUAGCACUAGGCCCUCUCUCAUUUUACACUGCUAGGGUAAGUCCCCACUGCUGCCACGGUUACCAAACUGGGACUCCGGGGGGAGGGGGGGCACGAGGGGGAUUUUCACCCUUUGACGACCAGAGGGAGCCACUCUCCCGUAACCUUCUUUCAGCUUGUUUUUGAUUUGAUUAAUAACAGUAUUAUUUUGUCUUUUUCCACAUGAACGCUUCCAUUUCUGCCAUUAUAUUUUUUUUAUGACUUGCGAUGGAUGAACAGCUAUUAAUGGUCGAAUUUAUUUCAUUUGAGUCAUGUGUAAACUAUUUUUUGUUUGGUAAAUAUUUAUACAUUCUAUGAUGAACAACAGCAGAAAGGAACAAUGUAUGAAGUAUUAUUUCUUUCUCUUUGCGAACCUGAGGCUUGUAAGGACAAGUAGAGAAGGUUCCGAUAUGAUUAAAGCACCAAUAUGCACAUUAAACUUUGCCCUUUGACCUCUGGUGUCGGUUCAGGGCUUUGCUGCUCCUUCGAACCCUUGGCCCGCUGGCACUAGAGAGGAAAGGGUUAAACCCGCUGUGGCCUCUCUGUAGUCAACGGCAUCAACUGCCUAAACAGCUUCCUCAAAAAAAUCUUGCCGUCAAAUGUUCAGUGAUUUUUAUUUCCAUUCGAUUUUUUUUUAUUUCCGUAAGGUUUUGUUAUUUGCUUGUUUGUUUGGGUUUUUUUGUGAAAAAAAAAAAAUUACAUUUAUGCGUCAGAUGAUUGUGGUCUUUGUCCAACAGAAUUUGUGUAGAGCAUAAAAAAGAUUUUGAUCUGUUAAAAUAAAUAAAGCAUUCUAGGUUCUGUGUGGAGGGGUGGGGAAUGAAAACUUGAUGUCUAUCGAAAGAAAAAAAAACAUUUAAAUCGCAGAAAGCCACAGGCCUGUAAAUUUUAUUUGUAAAAAAUGCAGUUCUAUUUUUAUACAAAUUUCUACUGCCUCUGAAGUAAAGGACUUUAUUUAUUAUCUUUUAAGUUAUUGGGUUCAGAAAGUUGUGUUCAGCGCCUGGUCCAGUAGUCUUAUAAAUCACAAAACUUGCUGUGUGACAAGAACGUAAAAUCACAUGCAAAACCCCUCUCUUUAUCUUAUUUUUCUUUCUCUUUUCUCUCGCUCUCUCUCUCGCCAUCACAAUCCCAUCCAUCACGUUCCUGUCAUAUCUUGUCUCGGCUCUCUCUUCUUUUCUUUCUUCUGUCAUGAGUAGUGGAAAACUCUUCAUUUCGUUUUGUUUUUGUUUGUACACUUCCCCCCAAAAAACAACAAUAGUUUCUCCCAAACAGCGAUCCAUCUGCGGUCUUGAAUCGGAUGGAUACGUUUGGGUGUGUGUGUGUGUGUUUCUACGGAGGAGAUCAAGAGUGUGUGUUUGCCUCAUUUACGUGUACGUGUUUGCUAUCUAUUUGAAUUACAUGUAUCGUACAACACAAAAAAAGUCGAUAAAAUUGCUGGAUAAUAGCGCUGCUGCUGUUGUCUGUUUUGUUUCGUUUCGUUUGUUUGUUGUUCUCAUGGUUUAAUGAUGUUAGUUGUGUGCCGGAGCUGUGUGUGUAACUCUCCUCUCCCGUUUUCUUUCCUAGAACUCAUCUCCAUGACUCUAUGCUCAUCGUUUGCCUAGCAUGUCUACGUGGCGUACAAAAAAAGUCUCAUCGUCCCGUCAUUGUUUCUGAUGUCUUUCUGAGUUCUCCUGAUCAUAACCUGGUCUCCUUCUACUGAUCUCUGAACUUUGAUCUUAGCCUGGAAAUUUUUCGCAUGUGACCUCAUUUUGAGCUUUUUCCUGUUGUUGUUUUUUUUUUGUUGUUGUUGUUGGUGUUGUUGUUUUAUUUGUUUUUAUUAACUGGUGAGGGAGGGAGCGAGGGAGGGAAGGAAAGGAGAAAUGAAAGAAAAAAAAAUAAUAAUAAUAAUAAUGUGAAAACGCUGCAUUCACUCUCUAGAGACAGAAUAUAUUUACUAACAUAACCAGAGCAUCAUUUUAAGAAAACAGAAAAAACAACAAAAAAAUAAAUAAAUAAAUCCUGUGGCAAAACAAUUACGAAUAUUUGCAUUUAAAUUUUUUGUUUUAUUUGUCAGAUUUUGUUUUUCUCUCUCUCUCUUGUGUCUUUUUUUAUUCAUUUAAAGUAAACUUGAACGCUCAAUACAGGGAUUGGCGUUGGGACUUACUGUCGGCACGACUCUUAAUUUGAGGCCUACCGUAAGAAACCUACGCCGGUUUCUAAACAAAAUAGACUACUUCCACACAGUUUUAAUAUAAAAACUGUCUGAUCGAUAUUAGAAUCUCUCUGGUUUUUACAUUUUUCAGGCAGUGUAAAGUUUUUUAAGGCCAUUUUAAGUGGCUUGAUUUCUCAUUAAAGGUAUAUAAAACCACUUUUUCUAGAGUAGUAAAGGUAUUAAAAAAAUAAAAAAAAACAAGGUUGCCCUGUUUGGGGGGAAAUGCUACCUACGUGUCACACCUUUUGCUGAACUGACUUACAGUUAGACAAUCCGUGGUUUAAAUGCACAUGAAAUGACCUAUAUUUUAUACUGUUUAAAUGUAUAGAGGAAAAAACAGAGUUUGUGUAACCCGCGGUCCCGUCGGUGCUUUUCGUGGAUAAAGUCGUGGUUUCAUCAAGUCUAACAGUCUUAUUUGUCUCAUGUUUUUAAAGAGAAGACUAAAAAUCAAUUUACUUGAACAAUAGACAAAGCCUUUCAUAAUUACGAUUACUACUACGUUUUUAUUUUUUUAUUUUUUUGUUUGUUUGUUUGUUUUGUUUUGUUUUUCUUUUUUGAUAGGAGUCCCUCUUUGCUAAAUUUCUUGUUGGGUAAUUAGCUCUAUAAAAAUUUACAGUGUCGGCUUGUGAAGCAUCUAUGUCAUUAUAUUAUUUCUUUCUAUUGUGGGAAACAAUAUUUAGAUGUGUUAUGUUGUUCAGCAAAAUGUGAUUUUUUUCUUAUAAAGAAAAAACAAGAUGAGUGGAAUUUAGUGCCAAAUUCUGACGGUACAUCCUGCCUACAGCUUCAGUGUUUUACUUGUGAAAUUAUUUGAUAACAUGGGUAUUUUAUUACGUAAGUGUUUUGUAUGGAACCCUCAUAUUUAAAGAUAUAGAUUUAAAAAAGGUUGUUAACUUGCUCUUCUGUGGUCUUGUUGCCUGAAACUGUUCAUGUUUUUUGCUUUUCUUUGGUUUUCUUUCUUUGUAAAGAUGUAAAAAGUGCCCAUGUGUCAUAAUCUCUCUCACAAGCACAUGCACACGCAUGCACGCACAUUCACAGGUAAGCACAUAUGCACACACAUGCACGCAUACACACACCUGUGCUAAAGGUUGACCUCACAACCCUCUUUUCUUUGACGGUGUGUGUAUGUGAGCCCCUGGGAUUGAGUCUCAGCAGAUCUCCUUAAAUACACAUACACACAUUAGGGGUCCACUUACAUCAUUAUUUACAGCGUUAUUUAUUCGGACAGAGUCGUCUGAUGUGUUAUAUGUGAUUGAACAAUUUAUGCGUGACAAUAUUUGAAUUAUGAAUCAGGAGUGAAAAACAUCAUAAACAGUAGCUGUACUACGCUACGUUACGUUUCAUUAAACAAUGAACAUCUCAGUGUAGUCUUGCUUUGUGCUGCCUUUAUCGGGACUAUUUUGAGGUCCUGAAGCCAAAGUUGUUCAGCAUGAGCCACAUUAUUCGAUAGCGCCUGUAGACGUUUACACAGCUUUCUCCAUACAGCCCAUAUAAAUAUUGUUUACAAACGUAGUUUACAGGCAGCCCCGUCAAUGCCGUUUACUUCGCUCUAUAGCACUAUUUUCUACCCAAGCUCUGCCGUUGCCUUAACGUGUCGAUCAGUAUUAGUGGGCUGGAAUACUUUGCUGCACAUUUAAAACGUGUGCCAAGGGUUUGUGUGUCUGUGUGAAUGUUUAAACGCGUACAUGCGAUUGGUCGUUUGACCUCUAUGUGUCCACGUUAUUAGAAAAAGGAAACUUUGGAUAAAGGAGGCCUACUUUCAUAAAGCACAAGCAAAACAAAUUUGUAAAAAUCGUUCGUUUCAUUCUUUAGUAAAUUGCGUUCUUACAGUGCGUUAAUAUACAAGAUUUGUUCGGAUUUCUAUAUAAUUAAUUUGAUACGUUUCAUGAAUGAGGCCCAAAGAACGUAUGUUUCACCGUACUGAAGCAGUUUUGUAUUGGGAAGUUAGAGUCGGUCAGUUUACAUCUCAUUGCCAAAUCACUAGCACACAAAAAAGCACAUGCGCAUUAGCACAGCGUUAACAUGCAGUAUUAAAACUGACGACGACUUUUCUUACCCAGUCCUGCAGGCGAGUCAGUACGCUUACUGGUUACCCCCUCCAAUAAAUUCACAUUGAAAACCUCAUCCGCAAGAUCUUUGUAGAGAAUCAAAGUCAUGCAUUUUGAUUCGUUUGACUUAACGCUGUAAAAAAGUUGGUUCGGCUUUAAAAAAGGAAGUUAUCUGGUUGCCUUAAAAUUUUGAGUAAAUUCAACUUAAUUCAACAAUUUUUACACAACUUUUUUGAGUCAACUAAUAUAUUUAAAGGUGCCAUAGAAUAAAAAACUGUAUUUACCAAGGCAUAGAUGAAUAAUAAUGCUGCAUACACACCAGCCGCGGUAGCGUGAAGCAUGAGUGAAUUCAAUGUUAAGUCAAUGUGAAGGCGCUUUGACGCACGUCUGGAGGUCUUGCUGUGCGAAUGAGGCGUUUAGCGCGGCACGGUAGACGCGAGUUGAAAAAAUUUAACUUUACCGCGUUAACCAAUCAGGAGCUUGCUCUAGUAGUGAGGUGAUUACAGGAAGCGAGCGGAGCCUAUGGAAGGCCCUCCCAUGACGCGAAUUUCCGCGUGAAUGUCUCAAUGACUAGAAUUUCACACGCGGCUUUCAUGCGCGAAUGAAGCAAGUAAACUCAAAAUGUUCAAGCCGCAAACUAGACGCGAUUUUCAUGCCUCAAAAGCGGCUGGUGUGAAAACAGACCAAUCUCAACUUAACACCGACUGUGAUGUCACAGUCCCCAACAUUAAAUUACACAGUUGUUAAAAUGCUAAAAAUAAAGUUGUGACAGCUGACUAAGCGCUGCAUGCUAAUUAAUGCUAUAUGCUAACGUUUAACGUUAUUAUUAUUAUUAUUCAUGACCCUUCCAAAUAGGGCAAAAAUAGACCAUUUUGAUUCAAAGGACAAAUCCUAGGGUUGUAAACAGAAAUGUAAAAAUGAUAUUUUUGCACUUAAUAAAGUUACAUACCUUCUAUGUAAAUAUCAAAGAACAAUUUAACAUAUUAUUUCAAUGCAUUCUUUGGCACCAUAUCGUCCGAUUCACGAUUUUACAUUUAAGUGUGUAUUAGUACAUGUUAACUAUAUGCAAAAGGUACAAACCCCAAAGUAAACGAUGAAGCGAGUUAUCAUCUCCAACGUAAAUCUCUUUUCAUAGACUACAACAAACACACGGAUUGUAGGCAACAGUUUACUUCCUGGGAUUGGUGAUGUAGUAAAGACCGACAUUAUACUAAUUCCUCCCGAUUCGGACUCACAGCCUGUAAGUUAACUCCUGUUAGCAUUGCAUUGUGAGCGAAUCUUUCAAACAUGAAAAGGAGCAUCACAUUUCCGGCUGACGUCAGAGAUAUUCAGGCCAAUCAGGGACAGAGCUUUUCAAAUCGAUGAGUUUUGAACAAAAUCUGUGCGUUUCAUGAAGACAGGGAAAUCUGGAGCUACAAAAAUGUACAGUAUGUGGAAAAUAAUGUGUUUUUUGAACCAUAAACCACACGCACACAUUGUAUUAUACCAAAUACACAAAAUAACUUUGUUUUAGCAAUGAAAUAGGUGCACUUUAAGUUGAAUGAACUCUAAAUGUUAAGGCAACCAGGUUACUUACUAUUUUAAGUUGAACCAACAAAUCAUUUUUACAGUGAAUUCAGUAUUGGGGCUUCGUAAAUAUCGCUAGUUAAUUUCUGCUUUAGUUUUUGCGUUCGCUUAGCACACUUCAUCACAAUCAACUUUACUGACUUCAGAAAAACAGGGUACGUUUUGACAUCUACACAUAUAGACAAACAUUCGCCAGAUGUUUAGUAAAGCACAAACUCGCGCGAGUCUUUGCAGGAGUUCUUGCUGAGACUCUUUACUCAGGGGUUUUACCGCACCACACGCAUCUGAAACCUGUUUGUUGUUUCUUUUGUUGAUUUCUUUCUCUUAAGUGCUAUUUAACAAUUGUAUUUUAAAGAAAAAAAUGAUGUGUAGUUUCUUUGCAUUCUGGCUUAUGUCAAGUUUUUUGGAAAAAUGUAUGUGUUUAUCUAACGUGCCGUAACAAAAGCUUGUCGUCUGUAGAUUAAUAAUAUCAUUUCGUUUGAUUCUAUAAAGAUUUAAAUAGUUUUAAGUAUUGUCUUGAGAAAAGCCAAAGUCAAUGCAUUUCAGUGGAUUAUGUAAGCGUGAUACAUGUUUGUUUGACAACACUUCUGUCAUUGGAUGGGAAUUUAAAAAGUACAAAAAAAGCAGGCUUUCCUAUUUCUAUCACUGAUUGUACUUAUGCCUUUUGUACCAGUGGAACUUUUUAUACUGGCAAUUAAAGGAAAAAAACCUACAAAUCCGACAGGCUGCGCGACCCCAGCCAGGGGUCGACAGCGACUGGUCCCCGAGUUUGAUUUCUAGCUGGCGUCCAGAACGUUAGGUUUUGAUAUAUAUAUAAAGAGUUUUUUAGGAGAAAACGUUGGCUUGGUAUCUUUAGCCUCCUCUUUAUUCUUCACGUCGCUAUUUGCUUUUCGUUUAUUUCUUUUCACGGAAAGAGGGUCGGGGAGUUUUCCAUUUGGCUUAUAAAUACGUAAUGCCGUUUGUCUUUACAAAGAGUCUUUACAACAGCGGUAAGUUUCAUUUAGUUGAGUAUUGUGUGCUGUCACCAUGAUAAGACGAUUAGACGAUUUAGAAGUAUUUAGUCACCUUCAGUGGAUAAAUGUAUUAGUUUGACAACGAGAUAAAAGUAAUUUGAGGACUUUGCUUUUAGCUGUUUAGAUUUUUCUGGUUUCUCUGUCUUUGCUGUUAACCUAACUGUGUAGCUGGAACAGUCAGACUUAUUUUUGUAAAUGUAUGUUGUGUGAUGCAGUUUUUUGCCUCUGUCUCCGAUAUUAAACCAUUUUUCCUAA